CGCACCUUCUUUCCCUUCACACAUUAAAAACCCAAAACCCCUUUUGCAGUCUCUCAUCAGCCGUUGAUUUCUAACGUUUAGAAUCCAGACGCAGAUCUCUAUUCACUCUCCUCACAUAUAAAUACCAAACGAGUGCUAUAAAAAAAGCCAAUACACCUCCACUCAUAUUCUCUGAAUUCUACGGCGGCAUAUGGAAGAAGAUGCAUGCAACAUGAGCCUUGUUCUUGGCCUGGGUCGUGGGGAUUUCGUCGCUGGGCCCACAUCCGAACGACGAUCCAAGCCGCCCGUUCAAUUCCAUCUCUUGUUUCCACCGAGCGAUAUGAGCUCGAACGAAGAUGAUGGAUCGAGUUCGAAGAAUCUACAUGAAGAUGAAGAAGAAAGUGCUAAUAAAAGAAGCCAUAGCAAUGAGAGAAACAGCACAAGGAAGAAGCUCAGGCUCUCCAAACAACAGUCAAGCUUGCUUGAAGAGAGUUUCAAAGAGCAUAACACCCUUACUCCGGUACAAAAGCAGGAGUUAGCGGAGCGAUUGAAUUUAAGGCCGCGACAGGUUGAAGUUUGGUUCCAAAACAGAAGAGCAAGGACUAAAUUGAAGCAGACUGAAGUUGAUUGCUCGUUCUUGAAGAAAUGUUGCGAGAGCUUGAGCGACGAGAACCGUCGAUUGAAGAAGGAAUUGCAGGAAUUGAGGUCCAUCAAGAUUGGAUCACCGUUCUAUCUACAGUUGUCGAAGGCGGCAGCCCCUGCGACGACUCUUACGAUGUGUCCGUCAUGCGAGCGGGCGACAACAAAUGGAGGGAAGAUUGUGAAGAAUCAGUUCCAUUCCUCCAUGAAAGACUCUUCCAUGGCAUGUUAAAAGCUUCCACUGAUUAGUCUUGUAUGGGUGUUGAUAGAAUGUGGGACCCAGUUCUCUGUUGGGUGGCAUUGACGUGAGUGAUCCAGGCCGUUUAUUUUGUUUACCAAGGUCGAAACUUAAUGUACAUGUGUGGCUCAGUUGUGUCCAUUACCCAAUGGGCGGCCCUGAUUAAUCACACGUGCACCCAGUAGUAACGGGCCCUGCAUUCUACCAAAAGCUCAGUUGUAAAUACAUGUCUUUAGUAAGUUUGUAACUGAAUUAUUAAGUUAGGGAAGCGAAUAAUUUAAGUUGUCCAAGUACUCCCAUGCUUUUCUCAUGUACCGACAAAAUCAAUUAAUGCAUUUUGACUU